GUAUACCAAUCACCGGGACCGAUCAUCGGAUAGCAAAUCCUCAUCAGGGAGUUGGGGUCACAAACUGGAAGGGGGAAUGACCCCAGUCAACAGUUUUAUUCUCACUCUUUUCCUUUUUAAGUUCCGAUCGUCACUCAAAGCUAGAAUACAUGCCACCAUCUCUCCUCAAAUGAAGAACUAUGCAUUCUCCGGCUAGAAUCAAGUGCAAGCAGUUGCUGUAUUAAUGUCACCGUUUAUUUGUAUCAUUUUACCGCCGUCAAUAAAACGUAUUUUGGAGAUGAGUCAUGGCUAGACCCUACUGCAAUCAAGAUAUCAGGAGUUAAUUGGAUUGACAAAUCAAGCGAAGUGUAUGAGCAAGGUAAAGCAUCGGGUCGACAGCUGUCCCAUUUACACUCAUCGGGUUUUGAAGCUGGACAAACAUGUAUUUUCAUCAGAGCAUACCAUGGACUAAGGCGGUCACACAGCUGUUCAUCUUUAAUAUUCUUUUCAUCAUAUCAGUUGAUAUGUGGCAAGAUCACACAAGUUGUGGGUACCAACGAGCCCCUCUCAAACCGGAACCUUUGAUUGUAGGAGGACAGCUUGCCCAACAUGGCGAAUGGCCAUGGAUAGCGUCGUUACUAGAAAAUGAUAACCCGCUUUGUGGAGCGACAUUGAUCACACCCGAUUGGCUUCUCACUGCCGCACAUUGCAUUCAGAUUCUGAAUGACGGAUCCGUGUACUCUAUAUUGAUGGGUACAACUGACAUCAUUGACGUCGAUGUCGACACCUAUCAACAGGAGUACGCCGAUGAGGUCUACAUCCAUCCCAACUAUCAUCAAGACCACACGGACUGGGACAUCGCUCUCAUUCAUCUUCGUCGUCCUAUAAAUCUCACCGACUUUGUCACGACCGCGUGUUUGCCUACCAGGGAUAUGAGAGGCGAAUUCUUUCCAGGGCAAGCUGUCACCAUGUCGGGAUGGGGGACUCUUUUUCAAGGAGGACGAUUAACUCAAAAACUUCGAGAAGUGACUGUACCUCUUGUAAAUCAUACAUUGUGUCAAGAGGAAUACUACCCCUUUAACAUCACUGAUAAUAUGAUUUGUACUGGCCCAAAAGAAGGGGGCAAGGAUUCGUGCCAGGGGGACAGUGGAGGACCGACGGUAACCAAAGUAGGUGAUCAAUGGUGGCUGAUAGGGGUAAUAAUCGGUGGUGUAGGGUGUGCGGUACCAGGCUUUAGGGGUGUGUCCUCAGAUACCAUCGCCUAUCAAGACUGGAUUAACCCUAUCUUCGAAGGAGGGGUCCCAUCCAGAAAGACGAUGACGUGUGAGUCAUAUGACUUCACUUGCCAGGGAGGAUGGUGUAUUCCAUACUUUGCCAAGUGUGACGGGUUUCCCGACUGCAGACUGGAAACAGAUGAAGUUUUCUGUGGCAAGUUUUGA